GGAUUGUGGGACAUCGUGCCAUAUUGACACACGAUAGAAAUGGACGCGGGGUUUUUCCGCGGCACCAGUGCAGAGCAGGAUAACCGCUUCAGCAACAAACACAAGAAGCUGUUGAAGCAACUGAAGUUUGCAGAAUGUCUGGAGAAGAAGGUGGACAUGACCAAGGUCAACCUGGAAGUGGUGAAGCCCUGGAUAACCCAGCGAGUGACGGAGAUCCUUGGCUUUGAGGAUGAUGUCGUCAUCGAAUUUGUCUUCAACCAGCUGGAGGAAAAGAAUCCAGAUGGAAAGAUGAUGCAGAUUAAUUUGACCGGGUUUCUGAAUGGGAAGAACGCUCGAGAGUUCAUGAAAGACCUCUGGCCGCUGUUGCUAAGUGCCCAGGAGAACAUCGCUGGUAUUCCAUCUGCCUUCCUGGAGCAAAAGAAAGAGGAGAUCAAACAGAGACAGAUCGAACAGGAGAAACUUGCCUCUCUGAAAAAAAUAGAUGAAGAUAAAAGAGAGAAGGAAAGCAAAGAGCGAGCUCAGUCAAAAAGCCCUAAAAGGAGGAAGUCCCGCUCUCCUGUGAAGCGUGACCGUAAGUCCAGUCCCUCUCGAUCUCCUCGCCGAAAGCCGAGCCCAGCUGCCUCGCCGCCUUCCAGUCCGCCCAAUCAUAAAGAAGAACCAAAGCAAGAACCAGACCAAUCAGAGAGCUCCAAACCAGAGCCACUUGUUCAGGAGGCUUCCUCUACUAGUGAUCUUGUGGGUGACAUGAAGCCAGACUCUGUGUCUGAGGCUGUGAAAGAGUCAUCUCCAGAUAAAACAUCCAAAUCGGAAGACAGGCCCAAACCUAAAGACAGGGACAGAGAGAAGGAUGGACGUAGAGAUCGCCCACGCCACCGCUCUCGCUCUCGUUCACCUCGUUCUCGUAGACGACCUCGAUCCCGCUCUAGGUCUUUCUCUCCUCGUCGCAGAACUAGUCCCAGGAGGCGAAUCUCUCCAAGACGUAGGAGCCCUCCUAGACGGCAACCACCCUCUAGGCAUAGACGUAGCCGGUCACCUGUCCGCAGGCGGCGCUCUCGCUCCCGGUCUUCCUCUGGUAGUUCAUCCUCUCAUUCACCCCAUAAGAGAGCAGGGAAACGUGGGUCAGCUACCCCUCCCAGAAAACUUCCACGUCGCUCUGACCCCUCCAGCCCUUCCAGAAGACGAGGUCGUAGUCCUUCAGGACCAGGCACCAGUCCGUCAGCUGUGAAGCCCAGGCCUGGUGGAAGAAAUGACUCUCGCUCUCCUUCUCCUAAACCCAGACGGUCUGAUGCAUCAGAGUCCGAGGAGGAGAAGGUGGGCAAAGAGUCAACCGCAGAUUCUGUCCAGCAGCGACGUCAGUAUCGCAGACAGAAUCAGCAGACCUCUUCAGACUCUGGCUCAUCAUCUUCCUCUGAAGAUGAAGGUCCAAGGAGACAGAACAGGGGGGCAGGUGCAAGGAAUGGAGAAAUCAGAAGGCGGCGGAGCCAUUCACCUGCAUCACCACGGAGACGGCACAGAGAUGCAUCCCCAAGAAAGAGGCGUUCUCCAUCACCUGCUGGCCGCAGACAUCGUUCACCUUCUCCUGUUCGCCGCCGAAGGUCACCCUCUCCUCCCCCAAGACGCAGAUCUCCAUCUCCACCUCACCGGCGCUUCACUCCCCCUAUCCAGCGCCGAUACAGUCCCUCCCCUCCCCCAGCUCAAAAGAGACGCUCAUCAGGGUCUCCUCCCAAGCGCAGAAGAUCUCCGUCACCUUUGUCCAAGCGUAGAGGGUCUCCAUCACCUGUGUCCAAGCGUAGAGGGUCUCCUUCACCUGUUUCCAAGAGGAGAGGGACUCCUUCACCCCUGUCCAAACGCAGAGGAUCUCCAUCACCUGUGACCAAGCGCAGAGUGUCCCUUUCACCCGUUGCUAAGCGCAGAGGAACUCCCUCACCCAUUGCUAAGCGUAGAGGGUCUCCUUCACCUGUGUCCAAACGCAGAGCAUCUCCCUCACCUGUUGCUAAGCGCAGAGCAUCUCCGUCACCCGUUACUAAGCGCAGAUCAUCUCCCCCACCCGUGGCCAAGCGUAGAGGGUCGCCCUCUCCUGUGGCCAAACGUCGCUCCUCUCGAUCCCCGAAACGGAGUCGUGGCAGUAGUCCAGGAAAAAGAUGUACUCCCCCCUCCUCUGCUUCACCCCCACCCCGCCACCGUAGAAGCUCUCCAAAUCCUCCUGCAGCCCAACGGGGCAGAGAUAGUCGCUCUUCUCCCUCUGCCCAUAGCGCUCGAGUGUCUUCCAGUUCUCCAGCUCGAUACGGCCCCUCUGGUUCAUCCCCACAGAGACAAAGACGUCAGACGUCCCCGUCUCAUAGCACCAGACCCAUUCGCAGGGUUUCUCGCACACCGGAGCCACGUAAAUCUCAGAGAGGUUCUCAGAGCCCCCAACCAGUAAGGAGGCAGGUUUCGCGUUCACCAUCUGCUUCUCCUCCACCUGCUCUGACGGCUCAAAAGCGGCCUGCUUCAGUCUCACCUUCUCGCUCUGCUAGCCGUUCUCCACCUCCACCUGCCAAAAAGAACAGCAGUGUCUCCCCGAGUCCAUCACCUAACAAGAACUCAGAAGCAGAAGGUAGUAAGAAGAAGAAAAAGAAGAAAGAAAAGAAACACAAGAAAGAGAAGAAACACAAGAAGCAUAAGAAACAGAAAAAGGAGAAGAGUGGAGAGGAAAAGAGUGGAGGGGCAGAAGGAGGACACGGACAGGAAGCAGAGCCAGACUCUGACCAGAAAAAGAGAGUGAAGUAGAAGACAGUUUUUUUGAUGUUGUGGAGAAGCAACUACGUGAGAAAGCUCUUCUCUAUGUGGGGGGG